AUGUUGAAGCAAAUCAUCCCGCUGUCUGUGCUCGCCCUCGGGGCCGCAGCUCUGAACGAAACCAUCGACGGGUACAGCUACUUCCUAUUGGGCCCCAGGCUGGAGCAGACAAAAUCCGAGUACGAGCACGCGGCCGCGAUCACGGCGUUGUCGCUCCUCCGGGAGCGGCUCGGAUACAGGCCUAUCCCGUCCCUGCCAGACGACAACGUCGAGGCCGUGCUGCAGCUGAAACAGUACCUCGGCGUCGACGCGCUGAAGGAGCUCCUCGCGCCGGACGAGGACGCGGCGGACCGGGUGUGGCACGAGGUGGUGAGCAACUCGUCGGAGGCGUGGGUGUCGGCGGACGCGCGGGGCGUCGUGUUCCUGCCGAACGUGACGUUCGACGGGUUCGCGCGGUGGUACGCGUCGCCGCUGGCGGACGCGGCGAACCUGGCGGCGAACCCGGAGCACUACUCGAAGGAGACGGUGCAGAACGCCGACGGCGGGCUGUCGUCGCGCAUCCUCGAGGGCUGGGGCGGCGUCACGACCAACUUCUCGAUCCCCAGCUUCGGCCCCCCCGACCGCGCCAAGUACCCCUUCCUCCGCGACCUCCCCGAGUUCCCCGUCCAGCAGGCCGGCGCCAAGGUCCUGCGCGACGGCACCACCUUCGGCAUCCUGCACAUCUCCCUCCGCCCCGUCCCCGGCCCCGACUACGGCCAGCCCGGCGUCGGCUUCGAGAUCUACGCCACCGUCUGGUACCCCGACGGCGCCCAGGACGUCUACCUCGACCAGGAGCGCCGCCACAUGGUCAUCGAGAUCGUCAACCUGACCCUGCAGGCCCAGAGGGACAUCGCGAGCGGGGCCUUGUGA